AUUUUAUCAUAUUAUAUGGAGUCUGUUGAUCACUUUCAACUGUCUUAAAGAUCAGCCUCCCUUUCCGAAGGCUGAUUUUAUAAAAGUAAAAAAAGCAUCUCAUAAUUCAUCACUGACCCCAUCAAGCACCACUCGAUAAUUUUGUUACACUGUGUCUCUUUACAUCUACCCUUUCUCCUCAAAGCACAAGCCCCUCAACGACCAAUUAAGAAAAGAGAAGGAAAUAAAAAUGCAGAUCUCAAACCUCUUCAUAGCUACAGCCACGACGCUUGGCCUGACUAGCAAUGCCUUCAUCAUCCCCCGCCAGACCAAUAUUACGGAUGAGCACCUGGCCAACUUCCGCACGUGGGGAGCUCCAGACUGCCCAGGGGCGACCGACAACGAGGGGGAGUGGAAUUCCCAGAUAUUCAACCUAAAUAUCUGCUACCAGUUCCCCAACGACAUAGAGGUGGAGUCUCUGGAGCUGGAGAAUAUUGAUACCGGGGUGGACAUCACUUGCAGCGUGUAUGUCUUCACGGACGAUGACUGUACCGUGGAUGAGGUCGCAUUGCCUCCUGUAGGCCAAUGCUAUAAUUAUUCCCCAGCAGCUGGUGCGGACCCGGGGAUGGGCUCGUACAAGAUCGCUUGCUCCGACGAGUAGAGGAGGGAAAAUCGAUGGUGUGGGAACUUUGGGCAUUGGUACAGCCCUUUGUGUCUAAUGAGACGAGUCGACACAUGAAUUACAGGCCAGGGCCUGGAGGGAGCAUCGACUAUAGGGCAAGAAGCUCGCAGCACCCGGGAGCGCAUAUUGACGCCGGUGAGGGACAUUUUGGAAGAGUUCCAAAAUCUAAUAGACGAGCUAUGUUCGAGGGAUUCGGAUUCAGGAUAAGUGGUUGACAGGGCUCGUCGAACAGCACAGGAAUGGCUGGCUACAUGCAUAAUGAGGUGAAUGUUAGAACAUACAGAGCCGCAUAGGCGUGGAAAGCUUGCUUGAUGAGUAUAUUAAUGAAAUCAUUUCUGCCCUCAUACCCCUUGAAAAAUGAGUGGGUAUGUGAGAAUGGUUAGUAUCAACUUGAUUGC